UAACUCGUAAACUGUUUCCAAUAUCGUUUAAAUGAGUUUAAAAAGUUUCAAACAAUUUAAAGUAUCAUGUCAGACAGUGAAGACGAAGUACAGAGUAGGACAGUUAAAAUUACUGUUGUUGGAGAACCUUCCACUGGAAAAACGAGUCUCUGUUUGCGCUACCUCGGCGGGACGUACGGUGCGGCGCCGGGCGGCACGCAAGGCGCCGAGGUGAUGGCUGGCCAGUGUUUAGGGUUACGUCCACCUGUACCUCUGCAGUUUUGCGACGUCUCUGGUAACGCACUCGGUACAAACAUGCUCGCUAAUUACUUGUAUGCUUCUGAUGUUGUCGUGUUUGUUUAUGACCUUACGAAUCUUCAAAGUUUUGAAAGACUGCAUAUGUGGUUUGAAAAAGUCAAAGAUGUAUGUGAAUCAGAAGUUAAGAAACCAUUGAUGGUGUUAUUUGGAAACAAGUCAGAUUUGGAACACCAGCGAGCCGUUAGAUUAUCUGUGGUGCAGCAGUUUGCUUCAGAACAUUUGUUAGAAAAUCACAAGGGUUCAGCUAGAACUGGUGACAUGGUAAACAACGCAUUCACCAACUUCGUAGCUCGCGUAUUAGGGGUCAAAGUACGUCGGAUGCCCGCAGCCACAAACGGAAAGUCGCCAGUGUCGAAGGACCCCGCCCUCAAUGGGCACAUGUCAUAUCCUUUGCAAACUGAACCCACGCAAUCACUUAUUAUGAAUAGAAAAGCACUACGAAAACUACAGAGGAAAGCCUCGUCAUCAGUUUGUUGUAUUCAAUAAAGUAUAUAUAUGGUUUCUUUACGAAUUGACUUUUAUUUCUCAUUAACUUUAAUAGAAAUGGUGGAGUGUAAAGUAUAUUUAGACACUCCUCAAUGUAGGUUAUCAUUAUUAUGCGAUGAUGUUUAUAUGAUACCUAAAUAAUGUACACAUUUGCUAUACUUAACUACUUUUACUUACCUGAUAUAAAAAGCUAUCACAAACUCCGAUAACUGCGCUUUUCUAAAUGCAAAUAGUAAACAAUUUGACUGUACCAAACCCCAUCUUUUUUGUUAGA